AUGACGAACCGCAAGCUCAAAGGCCCAUCGCAUUUUUGCGAGUGGGUAGUUGGAACAACAAUCGAAUCUGCCCUUCGUCCCAUUCCCAGUCCCAAGCCUAAACCCCCCAAGAACAGGAAACGAGAAGUAGUGCGCGUUCAAGUUACUACUGACGACGAGUCCGAGGAAGACACUGUCAGAAUCACCUACCCUCGUACAGGACGCAGCAUCCCCCCCUCUCCCCCUGAUCCCGAGUCAGAAGCUGAAGCUGAAGCUGAAGCUGAACCCGAACCCGAGCCUGUCCCUAUUGUUACCGAAGCCAAGACUGUGAUCAAGAAAGUCCGCUUCGAAGAUGGCCCCAUUAAAUCUGCUUUGAAGCAAACCGUCAUCACAACCCCAGUUGAGUCUCCUGAUGAAACAUCCGAGUCUGGUACAGAGUCUGAAUCUGAGCCCGAGUCAGACUCCAGUCAGUCCGACACCUUAUCAAGUUCUGAUGCAACCGAUUCUGACGCUGAGAGUUCAGAUACCUCUGCCAAACAGAGGAACAAGAGAAGAAGAAGGAGGCAAAGGCAAAAACAGAAACAGAAACAAAUCGAGGCUGAUUCUGAAAGCGACUGGGACUCGGAUCCGGACCCGACUUGCAAGAAAAAAAGCAAGGAACACACACCUCCCCCUAGCCCCGAGACAUCUGAAUCGGAAGAAGAAAUCCCCAAGUACAAACAGAAAUCUGGAAAGAACAAGAAGAAGGGCGCAAAGAAGGUAAAGGAGCCGGAGCCAGACUCAGACGCCUCUGAUUCUGCCAAGGACACUUCGGAAUCGGAGCCCGAGACACCACCACCGAAGAAACAGCAGCAAUCAAACAAGAAACAAAAACAGGGCAAGAAAAAGGGCAAAAAGAAUCAAGACCCAGCGUCUGAGCCUGGAACAUCAGAAUCCGAACCUGAUCCCCCUAAGAAAAACAAGAAGCAGCAGCAAAAGGCAAACGCCAAAAGGGGUGGCAAAAAGGCCAAAAAGCCGGAACCUGAACCGGAACCUGAAGAGGCUGACGGUGAAACUUCUGAGUCGGCCAAAGGAACAGAAGACGAAGCCGAGCCAGAGGAGGAGACGUCUAAGCAGCAAAAUAAAGGCAAGCAGAAGAACAAAAACAAACAGUCAGACAAGGCAAACAACCAGCCGAAAAAGAACAAAAAGAAGCAAAAGGCUGAAAAAGAGACGAAUAAAGGGCCAGAAACCCCCGGAGAACCAGAAGCUGAAGAACAGGCUGCUGAAGCAACCAAGGAACAAGACCAAGGCAAGUCAGGAAAAAUGAAAAUGAAAGAAAAUGGGCAACCCAAAUACAAGGAUGGAGUCAAGAAGGGCAAUUAUCCCGAAGGACUUCCAGGCCCUCACAUGCGUCGCCCACAGCUGAUCGAACCGAUUCGGGCGCAAGUGGUUCAGACGGAACGCGUGAUCGAAACCCCUGAAGACCCGGCACCAAAUGCUUACUACGAUUCAGAACAGAAUAUCAUGCGAGUCUACCAUGGUCCUGUCUAUGGCAACCAUCAAAGCAAUGCCCUCUACCCUGAGCGCAACGGCUCACAUCGCCCCUUACCUAUGGGAAUGCCUCACCCUAUGCAGAACCCCUACUACUAUGGCUUCAACAACCCCAAGGAAUACCCCAACUACUCGCAUAUGUCGCCAUAUCAUCAGCACUACGCAGGUGUCCCACCCCCAGAGGCAUACCCCCAUGUCCCAAUCACCCAAACAAUGCCCCCUCCUCCCUGGUAUGGCAUGGCAGGACCUCCAGGACCUUUCCCAACCCCAGUCAGCUACCAAGAAAAGACCGCUCCUGCCUCCAGCAAGGACAAGGCCAGCCAGAACAACAACGUUGGGCCGCCAAGCCUCACAGGAAAGGACAACCCGUAUUUGCCCAAGAGAAACAAAUCCCAGUUCAGCGCAUGGGGCAGCCAAGGAGCUCGAACUGCCUCCAAAGAACACAGCCAGCCAGCGGGUUCAGUCAGAGCAGCGUCGAACAAUUGGGGUGGUAGCAACAAUAACGAUCAAGGAAAUACUUGGAACGAUGGAGCCGGUGAUCCUCAGAAUGGCCAGAGUAGCUGGGAUGCUGCUGGCCAAGAUAACAACAACAGCAAUAACGGCAAUGACAAAAGUGGUAGCGGUGGUGGCGACGACCAAAAUGGUGUUUGGGGGGCCAACACCAACGACAACCAAGCACCUAUCGACUGGGGCAACGGCGACACUCAAGAGACGACUCAGAAUCAAGAAUGGGGCACUGGCUCGAACAAAAGCAAUGAGACUGUUCGUAAGGCUGGAGACCACUGGGGCAAUGAUACUUACCCAGGUGCUAGCGGCGACUGGGACCAGCCAAAAGAUGGUGUGAGCAGUGUUGGGCAAGGUGCAGACAACAACGUUGGUGUUUUGGCAGCGGAUGAUGCCAACGAAAACGGAAACGGAAACGGAAAUGGAAGCGGGAAUGGGAACGAUAAUGAGCCGCCUGUUUCUACAGCAGGAGACGGCGGAGCCGACAAUGUCAUGCCAGGUACUUGGGUCGAAACACCAUCUCUCACCGUUGGACCUGAAUGGGGCGAUGCCACUGCAGCACAGGAGACGAAUGGAGCGGCUGAUCAUUGGUAA